GACCUCUGGCUCAAAGGGAGCAUUAAGGUGUUAAGGUUCGUUUUCAGAAGGAUGAAAUUCCAGGUGGUAAAAUCUCUCCACUUCUGUUGUGAAAUACCAUCCAUCCAUAGUGCUGCACCAGAAAUGGAGGUGGUACAGCAUCCCAGGGCCCUACACCACGGCGCAGUGCCUGUUCCUGUAGCAGAGCUGCCCUGAGCAGAUGUGGGACGGGUGGGAAGGGAGCUCUUUUCCACGGCUGGUGGAUGGUAUGGACCGAACGCCUGCAGGGAGCGGGCUGCCUGUUCUGACAAAAGCCCAGGAGGCUCGCAAGGAGGAAAGCGAAUCAGCAGUGUUGUAAGAGCUUCCUUCUCCUUGUAUUAAAAUCACAUCGGUUUGUGAGUGGAACCGGCGAAACUGCAGGAAAAGCCCGGGCAGAGGGAGAUCCCCGCAUCCGCACUAGCCGGUUCGGUUUGCUCAAGAAUGGGCUCAACAAGAGGUGCAAACACCGCACACCGUUCCCCAAGGCACUCUGGCGUUUCGCUCCGGAAGUUUAAAUCCAGAGGGAAGCGCCGCCCCGCUCGGGCCCCGCCCUCCGUCCUGCGCGGCUGCGGCGCGGCCAUGGAGCUGCCCCGGGGGCGGCUGCUGGCGGUCAGCGACGAGCUGGGCCAGGCCGAGCUGGCGGCGCUCAAGUUCCUCAGCCAGGAGCACGUCCCCAGGAGGAGGCUGGAAGCCGCCCGGAGCCCGCACGACUUGUUCGAAGCGCUGCAGGAGAAGGGCGUGCUGGAGGCGGGGAACCUGGCCUUCCUCAGGGAGCUGCUGUACCGCAUCGGGCGGAUCGACCUCCUGGUUGCCCACCUGGGCUCCAGCCGGGAGCAGGUGGAGAGGGAGCUGCGGGCGCCGGGCGGGACGCGGGUGCCGCCCCUCAGAUCCUUGCUCUUUCAACUAUCUGAAGAUACCACUGAAGAUGAGCUGAUGUCUUUCAAGUUACUUUUGGUCAAAGAAUUACCAAAAAGCAAGCUAACCCGUGAGACUACAAUGCUUGACAUUCUCACUGAGAUGGAGAAGAAGGGCCUUCUGGGGAAAGACAACCUGAGUGUGCUGAAGAGUCUCUGUGAAAAAAUUAACAUCAGCCUGUGGAACAGAAUUGAAGAUGGAUUAAACCAGUUUGGCCAAGAAGAGAUGCUUAUCACAGAGGAAGAGAGGGGCAGCACAGGAUGCCCUGAAGGACGUCUGGUAUCAUCUGUGCCACCUGAUCCUCCUGUCAGUUUUAAUGACCCCUCUCAGCUGCUAGAAGCUUACAAAAUGACCAGCCGACCCUGUGGAGUGUGCCUGAUCCUGAAUAAUCACAAUUUUGCAAAAGCUAGGGAAGGAGUGCUGGAACACAAACACAUGAAGGAUCGGAAUGGGACAGAUGUGGAUGCAGCGGCUCUGAGGAAUGUCUUUAGCAAGCUUCAUUUUAGAGUAGAAGAAUAUAGAGACCUCACUGCAGAAGGAAUCCGUAAGACUGUGAAGAGCUUCCAGAGCAAAGACCAUGAGGACAAGGACUGUUUUGUUUGCUGUAUCCUGUCUCAUGGGAAAAAAGGCAUUAUAUAUGGUGUUGAUGGGCAGGAAGUACCUAUCCGUGAACUGACCUCUUCUUUCACUGCACAGAACUGCAGUUCACUUGCUGGAAAACCAAAAGUUUUUUUUAUUCAGGCCUGCCAAGGUGAUGCUUUCCAUAAAGGUGUGACCAUCGAGACAGAUUCUGGAGAGCAAGAUUCUUCUGUAGAGCGAGAUGCAAGGUUUCAGCUCGACUGCAUCCCUGCAGAGGCGGACUUCCUUCUGGGCAUGGCCACCCUGCAGGAUUACGUCUCCUACAGAAGUCCCAGGGAGGGAACCUGGUACAUACAGGCACUGUGCCAGCACUUGGAGUACAGCUGUCCUCGAGGGGAAGAUGUUCUCACCAUCCUGACAGCGGUGAAUCGAGAAGUGAGCAGAAAAACUUGUGAGCGGGACACAAAGAAGCAGAUGCCACAGCCCAGUUUCACACUGAGGAAGAGGCUCAUCUUUCCUGUCAACUAAAUGGGAGGAAACUGCAUGGCAGAGAGAGCUGCUGCAGCCUGGAAUUGGCUGGUUUCAGUUCAGAAUUCAGUCAAACACUGAAUUGUUUCAUUUGGAACAAAAACUUUCAGUGCCUGCUCUUAGCAGAAGAGCAGAUAUUUUUAAUUGAAAGUACAACUGAGGAGAAAAAGCCUUUAGAAAUUUGUAUUAAUAUGUUGAUUUUUAUUAACACUUUAUACUUGAGAGCAUCUCUGAGCUGGUCUCUGAUUUAUCUCUGAUUGAGUUGAUCUCUCUCAGUGGUUUGCUGGCUAAAAUAGACUCAGUGUCCUCUUAUCAGCUGUAUCACACUGCUGUCGCUUUCGUAAGGUGUCUUUACAAGGCAACUUUUAGAAGACAACCAUUAUAAAGCCUUUUGUACUUUAUGCCUAACCUUUGCAAAAUAAAGUGGGGAGUGUAGUAAAUUUUAUAGAAUAUAAUCAGCUCACAUCAGUGUUUGUUACUUGUCCCCAUCACUUAGAAUCAUUCAUUCUUCAUGGCUUGGUACACUUCAAGAUAAAGUUAAGCAUUUGUCAUCUGGCAUCCUCAGCACAAUGUGUCUGAGACCUGGAUUUCAGAGCAUCCUCUACAGAGAGUAGUAUCAACAGUGAAAAUCAGUUGCUCUGGUACAGCUUCAUGGUUGAAGAUACGCAGUUAUCCUAUGUUCACUUACCUAGCUGAUCUUUGAGUCUUAGUUCUAAGCACAGGAAAAGUCACUAGGUAAGUACUCAGCUCCUUAAAACAUUUUAUAUUGUCUUCCGUGUUGGGCAUGCACACAGAACUGCGUCAAUGUCUACCCCCAUUUGUCACAAAUCUACAGGGCUCACAUAACAUCAGCUACUGAGAUGAAAAAACAGCCAUGGUGGUGUUAGCCAACGCUGCAGUGCUAACACUGUAAUGCUAGAGGAACUCACUAGCUGCUGUAAAAGAGGGGAAAAAAAAAACCCCAAAGCACCACCCAUGCACAAAACCCCCCAAGGUACCAGAAAAUAUGAACAGAUUCCUUUAAAGUGAGGCUCAACACUCAAAUACCGUCUAAAUCAAUUUAUUGGCUUCUAAAGCCACCACUUCUGCUAAUACCAACUCAAUUCACUAAGCCUGGGUACAGUAUAAUCAUGAUAAAUUUUAGCCACAGAAAGGCCUGAUUUUAGGUUCGUACAGAACACUGUAAUAGAGAAGAUGACAUCUGGAACAAACCACAGAAUAUCAGCAAUAUACUGAAAAAUGGCAUGUUAUACAUGUUUAUUAUCAAAUUUACAUUCCACUAUGAAACAACAGUAAGUGCAAAAAGCAGAUGGAAAAAAUACCAUGAAAAUCCCAGACUGUUCAAACAUUGUGUGUAAUCCCCUCAUGUAACAGCCAAAUGAAGCCCAAAUGCAAUCACUCCCCUUCUCUGUUGCUAUUCAACUGCAGUAGAUGUUUAAUUUUGAUCACAGGUAAUUUAAGCAUGCAGGUAUCACCGAGUUUAUCAAAAACUAACAGUGAAACUAGAAAGCUUUAAGUCUGUGCUUUAAGACAAUCGGAAUAAGUAAAUACAAGAAUUCCCUUCUGUCUCUUGUAACUUGCACAAGCACAGGUAAGUUCUUUCUAGCAUCCAUGUUUGACUCAAACCUGCAAGAUAACAGAACCCUACCAAAAUGGAAUUCUCCAUUCCUUCUAGCUCUGUCUC